AGACACCCGCGAAACCCACUAAACUCUCUCACCAGAGCGUUAUUCGGUCGCUCCCUCUCCCUCUCCGCCCUCCGCCUCUCGUACUUCCUCCACAGCUUGUUCACCGUGAAGAUGUCGUUGACGGAGCUAGACGACGGACUGGUACGCAGUAUGGCCAUCGGAGCAGUCUUCUCCGACUUCGGAGGGAAGAUACGUUCGGUGGGGUUCCAUAGGACUGAUGAUCUAUUGGUGACGUCGAGCGAGGACGAUUCGCUUCGUCUCUUCGAUAUCGCCAACGCUAAACAGGUGAAGGUUACAUAUCACAAGAAACAUGGGACUGAUCGUGUAUGCUUUACACAUCAUCCCAGCUCUUUUAUUUGCUCUUCUCUUUACAAUCUUGAGUCCACUGGAGAAUCUCUGAGAUAUCUCUCAAUGUAUGAUAACCGGAUCCUUCGCUACUUUAAAGGCCACAAAGACAGGGUUGUUUCGCUUUGUAUGUCGCCUAUUAAUGAUAGCUUCAUGUCUGGUUCUUUAGACAGAAGUGUCAGACUCUGGGAUCUUCGUGUUAAUGCCUGCCAGGGAAUUCUACACCUACGUGGGAGACCUGCUGUAGCUUAUGACCAACAAGGCCUGGUGUUUGCAAUUGCAAUGGAAGGAGGUGCUGUUAAGUUAUUUGAUUCCAGAUGUUAUGACAAGGGUCCCUUUGAUACAUUUCUGGUGGGUGGUGAUACUGCUGAGGUUAACGAUAUUAAAUUCAGCAACGAUGGAAAAUCAAUGCUUCUCACUACCACAAAUAACAAUAUCUACGUUCUUGACGCAUAUCAUGGAGAGAAGAAAUGUGGUUUUAGUUUGGAGCCUUCACAGGGUACAUCCCUAGAAGCCACCUUCACACCAGAUGGCAAGUAUGUUUUGUCAGGUUCAGGAGAUGGAACCUUACAUGCGUGGAACAUCGAGAACCCAUCUGAGGUGGCGAGGUGGGAGAACAACAUAGGAGUAGUGUCGUGUCUGAAAUGGGCACCGCGUAGAGCAAUGUUCGUUGCUGCCUCUACGGUUCUCACUUUCUGGAUCCCCAACGACGGCGAGGCACCAGCCCCCGCCGAUCAUUCUGCCGACCAACAACCUCCUCAGUGACGACUUCAUUGUAAUAACAUCACUAGAUUAAGCGCGGGCUUUUUUGUGUUAACAUAAUCCAUGUUUAUAGAAAUAAAAAUACUUGUUAUAGUCUUAUGUUUAUAAAUGUUUGACAAAUAUUUGUAUGUGAGCUGGUCCAUUAGUCAGUCA